AUGGACCAACCAAUCCCGAGAAGGAUGGCCAAUUUAUCUGCAGAGGGUGUUAAGGCUGUCCUUGAGCUACAGCAGAAAAAUGGUCGCCUGUCUCUAAGAGAUUUGCUGGGGUGGAGGAAGUUUGAUGAAAUUCAGGAAGUGCGGCAGAGCAUCCAACUCGAUGCCCAUUACCACAGCCUGGUGUUUGCUGCUGAGAAGGGCUUGUCCUGGCCAGCUGUAGCAGAAGUGGGAAAGUUGACAGGGGAGCUAUUGGAGGAAACCCAAGGUUUGCCCGUGCUACAGGCCAUCAGAAUCCUUCAAGAGAAACUGACUGCUUUUCGGGUGCAGCUCCCCUCUUUCCAGCAGGCUGCCAUGUAUGAUUACUUCUCAAACACAUUCCUCAAGCAUUAUUGGCUGUACCAGUUUGUGCUGACUCGGGAGAGAGACCACAAUCAGACAUUUGCCAUUCUUGAGGUCUGUGCUCCCCCCAGGCCCCCCCCUUUGACUGAAGGCAUAGAUAUUGAAACGUGGAAGUACCAGCAGCAGUUAGUUGCCCUCUGUGCAGCUGAAGAAGAAAAACGGGCCAGUGUAUUGCAUAUCCGAGAAACUUUACAUGCAGAGCGGGAAAAUCUGCUCAGAGAAGUGUACCGAAAGGUCAGAAGGCAAACACAGAGCCUUAACACAGAGACACUAAUAUCUCUAGUCAAUGAAGCAAUUAAAACCCAGAUCCAGAGUCUGCAUGAUAUUAUUCAGCAUGAGAUCCAGACGACCUUUGAAAUCUUGCAACUGAAGCUUCAGAAAAAGGCCUUGGUGCUCAAUCCACCUGUUCCUCACCCCCCUCCAUUCACUUCUGAGGAGCCAUCUAUAUGUGUUCACGGAGAGCAAGAAAACGACGUUAUUUUUCUUGAAGUAUAA